GGCGGUGACACCGGGGGAACCGGAGCGACCCCGGCUCGUCCCCGCCGCCCGCUCAGCGUCGCCGCCGCGCCCGCAGCCCCGGAGCAGCCCCCGCCGCCCAUGGCCUCCGCGCACCCGCUGAAGCCCGCGCCGCCGCCGCCGCCGCCCGGGGAUGCGUUCGGGUACGAGGCCGCGCCCUGGCAGCCGGGCGCCACCCCCGGGGCGCUCUCCGUCGUGACCACGGUGUGGGGCGUCGGCAGCUCCUCCCAGAGCCAGGUGUUCGGCAGCCCCAUGGGCCCCGGGGGGAGCAGCUCCAGCGCACCGCUGCUGCCCAGCAUGGCAGGCGCUGGCUCGGGCGUGAGCUCGCCUGCGUUCCUGCCGCCGCAGCCCUUCGCUGAGGGGGCACCUGGGAAGGCGUAUACACAGCCGGGCGCCUACGGCCGCAGCACCUAUGGUGGGGCGCCGGGCUUUGCUGCCAGCUACAGCAGCGGCCCCGGCGCCAUGGGGCUCCCGUCACACGCUGGCCGUGGCCCUGCCGACUUCACCCAGGCUGCCGCUGCUGCCGCCGUGGCUGCCGCCGCUGCCACAGCCACGGCCACGGCGACCGCGACUGUGGCAGCGCUGCAGGAGAAGCAGAGCCAGGAGCUAAGCCAGUAUGGGGCGAUGGGCACGGGGCAGCCCUUCGCCAGCCAGUUCCUGCCCCACGCCGUGCCCCGCGGCCCCUCCGCCCUGAGCCCAGCUGGCAUGGCGGGCGUCCUGGGGCCGUCUGGCAUCUCGCCCGUGACCAUGAGCCCCACGCGGGCGCCCAGUGCCAGCCCCCUGUACGGAGGGCAGCGGGCACCCCUGCACGCCUACGCCGCUCCCCCCCCAACCCAGCAGCUGCCGCGCCACGGCCUCAAGCGGGCAUUCUCCAGCGAGGGAUACCUGGCUCAGCAGUACCUGCCAGGUGGGCCAUAUGCUGCGGCUGGCGCCCAGUAUGCUCCCAGCACCCCCCAGCCCUCCACUCCAUCCCCGUCCCCCUCUUACCCUGGGCACCGGCUGCAGCAGGGCAUGGGGCAGCUCCUCUCCGCUUCCGGCAGCACCACACCCUAUUACAAGCCAGCUGACCAGUUCAGUGGGCAGAGCACGGGCUUCGGCGCCUACGGCCAAGCGGGCGUCACCAGGCCGGGCCGCUCGCUGCCGGGGUACCCCAGCUCCCCGCUGCCCGGGAACCCCACGCCCCCCAUGACGCCGGGCAGCGCCAUCGCCCCGUACGCCUCCCCGGGCCAGGACGGGAAGGCGCCCUUCCUGCAGGAUGUGAAGCACAGUGUCGCCGCUCUGCACUCGUCCCCCUCGGGGCCGGCCGGCGGGGAGGAGCUGCGGCUGACCUUCCCGGUGCGGGACGGCGUGGUGCUGGAGCCCUUCCGCCUGCAGCACAACCUGGCCGUCAGCAACCACGUCUUCCAGCUGCGCGACUCCGUCUACAAGACCCUCAUGAUGAGGCCUGAUCUAGAGCUGCAGUUCAAGUGCUACCACCAUGAGGACCGGCAGAUGAACACCAACUGGCCGGCCUCCGUCCAGGUCAGCGUGAACGCCACACCGCUCACCAUUGAGCGUGGCGACAACAAGACCUCGCACAAGCCGCUUUACCUGAAGCACGUCUGCCAGCCCGGCAGGAACACCAUCCAGAUCACCGUCACCGCCUGCUGCUGCUCCCACCUCUUCGUCCUGCAGCUGGUGCACAGGCCCUCAGUGCGCUCCGUGCUGCAGGGGCUCAUCAAGAAGCGCCUGCUGCCCGCCGAGCACUGCAUCACCAAAAUCAAGCGCAACUUCAGCAGCGGGACUAUCCCUGGGACGCCGGGGCCCAAUGGUGAGGAUGGCGUGGAGCAGACGGCCAUCAAGGUGUCCCUCAAGUGCCCCAUCACUUUCCGGAGGAUUCAGCUCCCAGCCAGGGGCCACGACUGCCGGCACAUACAGUGCUUCGACCUGGAGUCCUACCUGCAGCUCAACUGUGAGAGGGGGACGUGGCGGUGUCCUGUCUGCAAUAAGACCGCCCUGCUGGAGGGGCUGGAGGUGGACCAGUACAUGCUGGGCAUCCUGAUCUACAUCCAGAACUCGGAGCACGAGGAGAUCACCAUCGACCCGUCCUGCAGCUGGAAACCCGUCCCAGUCAAACCUGACAUCCAUGUCAAGGAGGAGCCGGAGGGGCCAGUGCUGAAGCGGUGCCGGACGCUCAGCCCUGCACACAUGGUGCUGCCCAACAUCAUGGAGAUGAUCGCAGCCCUGGGGCCCAGCUCUGUGCCCUUCGCCCCGCUGCCCACAGCUGCUGCCCCCGACUACGGUACCCCUGGUUCCAGCUUUCCAGGAUCUGGGGGUUUCCCAGAGCCAUUCCCAGCUCCCGGUGUCCCUGGCACGCCGACACUGAGCGACUUUGCACCAGGAGCCCCCCCCAUCUCCUACCAGCCUGACAUCCCUGGGGGGCUCCUGCCUCCCGAGAAGCCCCCUGCACCCCCUCUCCCUGCACAGCUGCCCCUUCUGGGGCGGAUGGAGCUGUCACACUCGGCACAGCCGCUGCCGCACCGGAGCACACCGGCACGGCACCCACUGGGACCCCCCGGCUCUGCACACCCCACUGAUCUCGCCUUCCCCGCCGUAUCAGGCGAGGGGUCUGAGCCAACCCUGGAUCUCCUGCCCGAGUUGACGAACCCUGACGAGCUGCUCUCCUACCUGGGCCCCCCCGACCUCCCCAGCAGCAGCAACGAUGACCUCCUCUCCCUCUUCGAGAGCAACUGAGCUGCCCUGGCCCGCGGCGGGGCAUCUGGACCCCUGCCCAGGGCUCCCCAGGGGGAUGUUGUGGGACAGACGGACAGACAGGCUUUCCCCGCACGCUGCUGCCCCCAGAACCCCCUAUUUAUCGGGCCCGGCUGUAAAUGUGCGCUUGCCCCCCCGCUGUACCAGCCCCUGCUCCCACAUCCCCGCUAUUAAAGCAUCGUCCUCGGGCUCCGCGUCUGCCAAUGGGGCUCUGGGCCGGGGCUGCUUUGCAGCCCUAUUCUCCCGUAUCCCACACCCCGUAUUUCGCAUCCCCAUCCCGCAGCCUUGGGUGGCUCCCGGGGGUGGGAAGGCCACCUGCACCCCGGGCUCUGGGGCACCUCCAAUGCACACCUCUCCCGCACCCCAGGCUCGGUGGAGGCUUCCAGGUGGGAAGGCCUUCCCUGUGCACCCCCCCAUUCCACUUCCCUCC